GAGCCUGCAGCAGUAGCUGAGGGGAGGCGAGUCCCCGUCAGACAGAGUAAUUAUCGGCUCCGUCCCAAAAUGUACCCUAUUCCUUUUAUAGCGCUUUCCUUUGACCAGGGUCUGUAGGGCUAGGGUCAAAAGUAGUGCACUGUGUAAGGGAUAGAGUGCCAUUUGCGACGGAAACCUCUCUCUGCUCUCCUGGAGUCAUCCCAUUUGAUAUUGUGGCUUGUCCAAUCAGCGGAUACCCUCCGCUCGUCAACCGUUUGUCUUGACUCGCCUCCCCGCUGUAGGCUACAACCUCUCCGGUCUCUGCCCGGUGCUGUGCUGGCGCCACGGAGCUCCAGGGCCGCCCUGGUAACGGUUUCGGUGAUGAGGAUUUAUCAUUUCUAAACAGGGGAGACUGGAGAAACCCGGUUGAGAUGGUGCUUUUAAGAUCCGACCGGGACACACAUCAACAACAACAACGAAAAUAACAGUUGUUGUGCGGAGUAACAGAACACACGUGCUCGUCGUCACCGACGCAGGAGGAUUGUUUUGUUUGAGUGGCCAGGGUUAUGCAUUUGUUUUUCAUUUAAAAACAUCAUGCACGACAAGGCGACAGACACUCAGGCUUCGACACCGUCAAAAGUCUCCUCGUUUUACAUCGAAAAUCUACUCGGCUCGAGGAAGAAUGGAGAGUCAACGUAUUUCAACGGACAGGUCAACAACAACAACAACAGCCAGUAUAGUAGCAGGACCGCGGAGGAGAGUAUGGAGCGGAAUGAGAUGGUCUACCCUAUCCGAGUCUUAGCGGGACAUCCCAGCCAAGUGGCCGGUCAAGAGGCAGCCUUCCCUGGCCACGGCGCCGAGGGUUCCCCUCGGAGAGACUCGCAGUUAGAACGGAACAGAGGAGCCGCAGCCGUUAACGUCAAACCACUCAGUCUCAAAAGGUCCAACAAUCCCAACGAGGACAGCAGAUGCUCAGAUUACGGUUGCUGCUCCCACUCAACCAGCGACCGAGACUCCGUCUCUUCCGCCGUGUCAGAAGAACCCACUGAAGGCAGCGACCGAGACUCCGUCUCUUCCGCCGUGUCAGAAGAACCCACUGAAGGCAGCGACCGAGACUCCGUCUCUUCCGCCGUGUCAGAAGAACCCACUGAAGGCAGCGACCGAGACUCCGUCUCUUCCGCCGUGUCAGAAGAACCCACUGAAGGCAGCGAUAAAACGGGACGGAAACCGGCAGACAGCAGCCUGACCGAUGACAACGACGAGACGCAGAAUCCCUUUGACGAUCAGUCGGACCCGGAAGCCCCUCUGGACCCGAGCUCUGUCCGGAAGAAGAAAACUAGAACCGUUUUCAGUCGGAGUCAGGUGUUUCAGUUGGAGUCGACGUUCGAUAUGAAACGGUACCUGAGCAGUUCUGAACGGGCAGGUAUCGCGGCCUCUCUCCAGCUAACGGAAACGCAGGUGAAAAUCUGGUUCCAGAAUCGACGGAACAAAUGGAAGAGACAGAUGGCCGCGGAUCAAGAGACCGUAAACGUUUCCCACUCGUCCCAACGGAUAGUCCGAGUUCCGAUUCUAUAUCACGAAAGCUCCACGCCCUCGACGUUGGGUUUCAAUGUCAACGUGUCCCAGGUCUCCCCUCCUUUGAUGAGUUUCUCGAACCCUGUGAACUAUCCCUUCUCCUCCUUUGCGCACUCCAUGCGUUUACUACGCUCGCAAAUGACCGGGUUGGUGUAAAGACCGUUACCGAGCUUUCACUUCUUUUUUUUGUUCAGGUCACGUCAUUAAUUUAUUCAAUUAUUGAAGAUAGCGAGUCGUGCAAUAACAAUAACUGCAAUGGCCGCGGAAAACUACACAAGUAAAACAGUUUGAAGAUAUGGCCUUUAGACUUACAAUUGAUCGCGGUGUUUUUGUAAUGUUAUAAAUGUACUACUUUAAAUAUCUACUUGUAUUAUAUUAUCGCCACACUAGAUAAUGAUAGUGUUUGUGCCGGUCCACAUUGCUAUGUGUUUUUUAAUAUACAUUUAUUUGUUGCAAAGACUUUUACAUUCAAAGGCCCGUUUCUAAGGUCACUUUUUUACUCCACAAUAUAGCUCUAAAUAAACGAAUCACAAGAUAUGAGUGAUGUGUGUGUGUGUGUCUGCUGUUUCGACUAACGUCCAGAGUUGAACUUGCAUGAGAUUCGAUUGAUCGAUCAACUGUAGCCUACAAAUUGAUCAAUUCAUGUGAAAUGGUAAGUCAUUUGAUCGGAAUUUACCCAAUCUAUUGGCUCCUCCCGGACUAUAAGAUACAAAUAUAGACUAGUAUCUUUUAUUUCGCCAGUUUUACUUCCGUCAAAUAGACACGGACGAGGACAGAAGACGUAGUGUGCAGCGAACUGCACAAGUCCUCCGUCCGGGCAGCGAAAGUUCUCACACAUAUCAGCGUAUAGACCUUCAC